AUUCUCAUAAAGCCUUGGCUUCCUCUAUUAUCGUAAAAUGGCAACGAAACAGGUAAGUUUGUGCAGUGAUAAAAAGGUGGUAGUGAGGGUAUAUGUUGAGAAGAAACCUAGGAAGAAGGGAUCAUCUUCAAUUCAGCAUCAGCAUCAGCUUCAUGGCCCUAUCAGUAUGGGAUGUGGAAGAAGAGCAGGGUUGCUUAGCUAUUCUCAUCUGCUACGUCAGUCUGCAAAAGGAGCAUUAUCAGCACCUUCAUUCUCCAAGUGGGUUGCCAACAAUAAUCUUCAGCCACCAACACAGGGCCGUUUCCUUGUGUUGCAGAUAGCCCCUUCGAACAUGAAAAAGGCAACAUGGUUUGGCAGCUGCAGUUGGAAACUACUGAUUCCGAGGUUUCUAAGGUCAUGGUCAAAAGGCAAGAAAAAGGAGAAUAAGAAGAAACAUAUGGGUGCAGAUUUUUCAGGAAAUGGAAUGAGAAUGAUCUGCUGUUAUAGGUCCUGACUCUAUGGAUUAUUAAAUGAUGCAUGUUUCAUUCUCUGGUAUGGAGAGGGAGAAGUUUCAUUCGGAAUGUGCUAUCAACAAGUCGCAAGUUAGCUUCAGGGUCAAUUUUAUCGUGGUGGUUCACAUCUCUCAAGGUAUAAUGUCACCGAUCUCGAUUCAAGUAAGAAUUGAUAUGGUUUGAUUAGAUUAAACUUCUCACACUAAUCACUGAAAUGGCCUCAGUUAUUGCUGCUAAUGCGUAUGGGUCCUAAGGUUACUGUACAUCACUGGUCUUAUUUCAUAUUUUUAUUCUCUUAUUUAUCUUUUCCUAGAACAUUUUUGUUGUACAAAAUGCAAUUUCUUUUCAAGGAUUGCAAUCACUGAUUUUUCAGUAUGGUGU